AUGAGCGUUUCAGUGGAUUCCCCCCUCGUCUUCAAGGGCGUCCUUGAGGGCCACACCGACUGGGUGACGGCCAUAUCUACGCCCACCGCCACGAGCAACACGAUCAUAUCUUCUUCCCGAGUACAUUACUUCGUGGGACAGGCUGAUGACACGAGAUCCCAGCUCACCUGUAGACCUGUUGGUCAAUGCCACGAGAAAUCUCCGAGGAGCGUCCCAGACGCUGCUCCUGAGAGUCCCUCGAUAUUGUGCUCUAGGAUGACACGAGAUCCCAGCUCACUUGUAGACCCGAUGGUCAAUGCCGCGGGAAAUCUCCGAAGGCGCAGAGACGUCGUUCCUGAUGGAUCAUAUAAGAAGAUCAUCGUGUGGAAUUUGAACAAUUCUCCUGAUGCUGAAAGCGUCGGCUUUGCUCGCCGGGCGCUCACUGGGCACUCCCAGUGCGUGCAGGAUGUUGUGAUUUCAAGUGACUCGAACUUCGCGCUGUCCGGUUCCUGGGAUAAGACCCUGCGUCUAUGGGACUUGAACGUAGGAGAAACCGUCCGCACCUUCCAGAAGCACACCUCCGACGUCAACUCUGUCGCCUUCAGCGCAGACAACAGGCAAAUCGUCUCGGGCUCCCGCGAUAGAACCGUUCGCCUGUGGAACACCCUUGCAGAUUGCAAGUACACCAUCGAGGAAGGCCAGCACACCGAUUGGGUCUCGUGCGUCAGAUUCUCUCCGUCACCCAAGGAGCCUCUUAUUGUCUCAUGCGGCUGGGACAAGCUCGUCAAGGUCUGGAGUUUGACGACUUGCAAGCUCAUGACCAAUCUUGUAGGCCACACAUCGGUUCUGUACACAGUAACGGUUUCUCCUGAUGGCUCGCUGUGCGCCUCCGGUGGCAAGGACGGAGUUGCCAUGUUGUGGGACGUCAGCGAGGGCAAGCAUCUGUACUCCUUGGACGCGAGCUGCACCAUCAAUAGCCUUUGCUUCUCUCCUUGCAACUACUGGCUGUGCGCUGCAACGGACAAAUCCGUCAAGAUCUGGGACCUCGAGAAUAAGAAUGUGCUCGAUGACAUUCAUCCAGACGAGCCAAUCAAGAGCGGUAUUCCAUGGUGCACUUCUCUCAACUGGUCGUAUGAUGGCCGCACUCUGUUCGUUGGGACGACAAGUGGCAAGAUCUACGUAUACGAGAUCGCAGAGGAGUAG